GAAAAAUAACUAGAACAAAAACUCUGCCGUUUUGCCGUAUGAAAUAUUUUGUCUUUCAUCGUCGAAGCGCGGCCCGUGAAUUUGAACGGCGAAAGAAUUGAUCCGCCCAGGUGCGAGAAGAUCCAGUUACAACAAAGCAUAUCAGAAAUGAGUGAUAUAAUCUCUAAAGUUGAUAAUGAACAAAAGACCAGUAGUAGUAAUAGCAGUAGCAGCGGAGGCAGCGAUGCCUCAAGAAUAUCAGAAGUAAAGGCGUGGCUCACCUCUCAAUUUGAGGCUGCAGGGAAAGAUGUUCCUGAAUUUGAGUACACCCAACGCAGCAUUUCUCAUUUGUAUAAUCUAGCCACUCUCUCCCAAUCAAAAACAAAUGCUGCUAAUAUUCUUGCUAAUGAUUUUCGCCAGAAAGCUACUGAGUAUCGCGCCCAAGCUGCAAGGAUUAGAGAGAUAUUGGAGAAUGUAGGACUAGCGCAAGAGAGUUUGCCUUCGAAUGUAGUUGGAUCUGCUCAAGUUCUUGCAAAUGUGGCAAACUUGUUGAAUAUAAGAGAUACUGAGCUAAGUAGUUUUCUUGUAGCAAUGGGGGAUAUUUCUUUAAGAAAGACUGGAGUAGAGGAAAAGAGGGCUAAAGCACAGAAGGAUUCCAAAAUACUUCUUGAUUACACUCGAAAGGCUAUUGCAAGGCUUACCUAUUUGAAAAGAACUCUUGCACAACUUGAGGAUGAUGUAGCUCCUUGUGAAGCUCAAAUGGAAAAUUGGAAGACGAAUUUGGCAGUUAUGGCAUCAAAGGAACGACAGUAUCUGCAACAGUAUUCCAACUACAAGGCUCUUCUUAAUCGUGUGGGCUACACACCAGAGAUUAGCCAUGGAGUGUUGGUUGAAAUGUCUGAGCACAGAAAGGAGUUGGAGAAGAAAACCAAGCCCAUCAUGGAUACCUUAAGGAGUUACCAGGACUUGCCACCGGAUAAAGCUUUAGCUGCUUUAGCAAUAGAGGACAAGAAAAGACAGUAUGCUGCUGCAGAGAAGUAUCUGGAAGAUGUAUUGCACUCGGCCCUUGCCACUUCAGAUUAAUACAUGGAAAUGUAAUUUUGUGUUCCUAUUCUUUCUUCUGUUGCUUACUGUCUGAUAUCGUUGGAUCUAUGAUAUCUUUUUUUUUUUUUUUGUCUUUUAAUCUCUUGGUUUGCUAUCAGUUUUAUUGGGUCAAUAGCAGCAUCUGAUUAGUGUAGUUUUUAGGAUACAGCAUAUGUAUAAUUUUGGCACAGUUGUAAUAUACGUAUUGGUAAUGUUUUGUGCAAUAUCGUUCUUCUCCUA